AUGGAUAAUCAAGAUUUAACUUAAAAGUUAAAUUAGAUUAAUAAUGAAAAUGAAAACACAGAUUCUAGUUCAUCAUCAAGAGUUUUAUUAUUAAUUUUUGAUGCUAUAGAAAACUUUGAAUAUAAAUAUUACAAAAUAGCAGGCUGUUUAUAUGUAAUAAUAUUUUCAGCUGUUCUAACAUUCAUUUUGACUAUGAAAGAUAAACAUUUUAAGUAAAAAUAAUUAUACAAAUAUUAUAAGUUCCUUACCAAAUUUAGAACUUUUGUUUGUAUCUGUAUUGCUUAUGUUUUGUGCAAAUUUUAAAAUGAUUAGUCAAAGCAAUAUUCUGCCUUAUAUUCAAGAAAAUGGAUUGAAUUGGAAGGUUAAACAUGCAUGUAUGAAUUAAAUAUAUCUGCUAAGCUCUUUCUUUAAUAAUUGCAUUAGUAUUAUUGAUAUGUUCUUUGAAAGAGAAUGAUAAAUUUGUUUCAGUUUUCUUCUUUGUAAGCGUUUGGCCAUUAAAUCAUGUUUAUGAAUACCUUCGAUAUAAAUAAGAAUUAAGUAAAGAGCUUCUUCUACCUUAUUGUGGUAUUUUUAUAGGAGCUGCAUUUUCAACUGGAACAAUUUAAAAAUUAGCUUCUAACCCAGAAGUCUUAUAAUUAAAUGGAAUAAUAUAUUCAAUAGUCGGAGGAUUAUUCCUAUGUUAUUCAGCAGAUUGUUUUAAGAAGGUAGAUAGUGAAAAUCUAUUUACAAUUACUCAUGUUAUAGGAUUAAUGACAGUGAUUUUUAUUCCUUUAUUUUUCCCAAUAGAAGGGUAUUAAUUAUUUUAAAAUUAAUAGACUUGUAUAACCAGGAUUGAAAGAAUGGAUGUUUUUCAUUAUUGUAGGGGCACUUCUAAUAAUUGGUCUUCCAAUAAUGAUAAGAACAUUUGCAAUAGAAACUACAACAAUUACUUUAGCAUAAUUGGGAUGGUGCUUUCCAUUUUACAUUUUUUUUAAAUUUCUUUUUGGAUGUACAUAUAUAAAAAUAAAUUUAGUAUAAAUUCCAUCAUUUGGAUAACUUUGUGGAGUUGGAGUAUAAAGUUUAUGUUCAAUAUUGAUUAUUAAAUAUCUAAAUUAAUAAGUGAAUAAGACUUAAAAAGUACUCAAGAAAGGAUAGUCUGAAGCAAAUAAAUUGGUUGAAUUAUAAACACUCAUUUAAUAGCCGUGAA